AUGUCCACGCCCACCAACACCAUCACCUCCCCUUUCUCCUCCCCACCCCUCAUUUCCAUCCCCACACCCCACCUCUACCCGCCCUUCCCCUGCACUCCCAUCCUAUGCCCUAGCCUGCCAUCAACCACCUCCGUCCCACUAUCUCUCUCCUCAUACCACGCCAGCCAGCGCUGGAUGGCAGCCGGCGCGUACUGGAGCGUGCGCAGCGGACGGAGUGAGCAGGAUGUUGGGAUGGUGGAUUUGGAGGAGAUGGGGGAUUAUUUUGAGGGAUGCGUGGACGAGGAAGAGGGGUGGACUGAGGUGAGCGACGAGGAUGAGCAGGAGGAGUGCUAUGACGAUGAAGGGUUUUAUGAAGACAGCUCGGAGGAGGAGGAAGAAGAUGAGCAGUGGAGAGGAGUGUCGACCACUGCUCAUUUUUUGGAAUAUCGCGUAUCACCAUCUGUGCACGUACUAGCUCCAGAAGCACAUUUCGCGUCGGGCAUGCGGACUCUCGAGGAGCUGACGAUGGAGGAGUUAUUGGCGGUAGGUAGGUCGAUGUUUGAGAAGCGAGUGGAUUCGCCUAUGCGAGGAAUACCCUCGCCUCCAACAUCUUUUAGGUGUAAGGCAGCACGACGUGAGUUUGAUGCUAGUCUGGCUUUGCUACCACCUCCGCCGGCGCGGUUUCUUGCCAGAGCGUGUAGAGGUGAGUAA